AAACUGGUAGCCUUUACAGAGUCUAUAAAGCUGCCUCUCGAUACGUGUAUGGAAAAGGCCGAUCAUGGAGGUUAUUCUAUCCAGACAGAUAUCGGGCAGCUGGGGUCUGUAAUGUACGAGGUCAUUGUGGGGGAGAAAUGCGAGUUCGAUAUCUUUAAAGAUAUGCCCCCAGAACUAAGUCGGGGUCGAUGGCCUCGCAGG